GCCGAGCCUGGGGAGAAGGGCCGAGCCCGCGGCGGGCGGCGUCGUGCCCGGAGCCGAAGCGGCUGUGGGUCCCUCCCAGCGGCCAGAUCGAGCCAAAGAUGAGCCUCUCCGCCGAGCGGCCGCGCCCGGGCCCGGGGCCUCCUCCGCUCUCGCCCUUCCCGCUGCUCUUGCUGGCGAUGCUCAGCGGCCCCGCAUCCUCCGGCCGCGUCCCCCACUCGGUGCCCAGGAUCUCGCUUUCGAGCUCCGAGGCUGAUGCCUAUCUUACCCGGUUCUCCGUUCCCCAAAGAUAUAAUUACUCUGUUCUCCUUGUGGAUCCCGAGUCCAGCACACUUUAUGUUGGCGCCCAGGACACCAUCUUCGCCUUAUCUUUGCCCUUCUCAGGGGAGAGACCCCGCAAGAUUGACUGGAAGGUUCCUGAAGCCCACAGACAGAACUGUAGGAAGAAAGGCAAGAAGGAGGAAGAAUGUCACAAUUUUAUCCAGAUUCUCGCCAUUGCCAAUGCCUCUCACCUCCUCACAUGUGGCACCUUCGCCUUUGAUCCGAAGUGCGGGGUUAUUGAUGUGUCCAGUUUCCAGCAGGUUGAAAGACUUGAGAGUGGCCGGGGGAAAUGUCCUUUUGAGCCAGCUCAGCGGUCAGCAGCUGUAAUGGCUGGGGGUGCCCUCUAUGCGGCCACCGUGAAGAACUUCCUGGGGACGGACCCCAUCAUCGUGCGGGCGGCGGGGCGCACCGAGGACUGGAUCCGGACCGAGCUCUCUUCCUCCUGGCUGAACGCUCCCGCUUUUGUGGCUGCCGAGGCCUUGAGCCCUUCCGAGUGGGGGGACGACGAGGGCGACGACGAGAUCUAUUUCUUCUUCACCGAGAGUUCCAGGGACUUUGACUCGGACCAAGCCAUCAGGGUGCCCCGCGUGGCACGCGUUUGCGCGGGAGACCUCGGGGGACGGAAGACCCUCCAGCAACGGUGGACAACAUUCCUGAAGGCGGACCUGCUAUGUCUGCAGCCCGAGAGUGGCCUGCUGUCCAGCGUCUUGCAGGACAUGGCCAUUCUCCGGCCAGUGCCUGGGUCGGGCUCGCCCAUAUUCUAUGGCAUCUUUUCCUCCCAGUGGGAUGGGGUCACACUCUCUGCCGUCUGUGACUUCCGGCCACAAGACAUCCGGAUGUCACUCAGUGGGCCUUUCCGAGAGCUGGGACAUAACUGUCACCGAAGACUACCUGUCACAGACAAUGAAGUCCCCCAACCCCGGCCUGGAGAGUGUCUCACUAAUAACAUGAAGUUGCGACAGUUCUCCUCAUCACUGUCCCUGCCCGACCGUGUCCUCACCUUCAUCCGGGACCACCCGCUUAUGGACCAGCCUGUGUCUCCACCCAGUGGCCGUGCCCUGCUGGUCACCCCUGAUACGGCCUAUGUGAGAGUCGUGGCCCGCAGGGAGGCCGGGCUGUCGGGGAAAGAGUAUGAUGUGCUCUACCUGGGCACAGCGGACGGGCACCUUCACCGGGCAGUGCGGAUCCACAGCCAGCUCAGUGUCCUGGAAGACCUGUCCUUAUUUCCCGAGCCAAAGCCGGUUGAGAGCAUGAAAUUCUACCAGGAUUGGCUCCUUGUUGGUUCCUGGACUGAGGUGACACAGGUGAACACAGCCAACUGUGGCCGUCUGCAGAGCUGCUCAGACUGCAUCCUAGCCCGUGACCCACUCUGUGCCUGGAGUUCCCAGCUGCAUGCUUGUGUGCCUCAUGCUGGGGAGCAUGGAGGACUGAUCCAGGACAUAGAAUCAGCCAACGCUUCUUCUCUGUGUUCCAAAGAGCCUGGAGAGCCGCCCACAGUAUUCGAAGUCCCAGUGGUGGCCCCCACACACGUAGUCUUGCCCUGCUCCCCCAGCUCGGCCUGGGCAUCCUGCGUGUGGCACCAGCCCAGUGGUGUGACAGCGAGCAGCGUGGGGCAGGAUGGGCUCGCGGUGCUAGUGAGUCCCGGGGCCGUGGGCGCCUACGUGUGCGAGUGUCAGGAGGGCGGGGAGACCCGCGUGGUGGCGGCUUACAGCCUGGUGGGGAGCAGCCGGCUUGGUCCCGCUGCAGGGGCCCACACCGUAGGUGCCGGUCUAGCAGGCUUCUUGCUGGGGGUGCUGGCUGCCUCCCUGGCCCUCCUCCUGAUUGGUCGGAGGCAGCAGCGCCGGCGGCAGAGGGAACUUCUGGCCAGGGACAAGGUGGGCUUGGACCUGGGGGCGCCGCCCUCUGGGACCACAAGCUACAGCCAGGACCCUCCAUCCCCGUCGCCGGAAGAUGAGCGUCUGCCCCUGGCCCUCGCCAAAAGGGCCAACGGGUUCGGGGGCUUCCCUGCACCCUUCCUGUUGGAUUCCUGCUCCAGCCCAGCCCAUGUGCGGCUCGGGGCUCCCCUGGCCACGUGUGAUGAGACGUCCAUCUAGGGUUACCGAAACUACAGGGUAGGCUGCAGUGACUGCUGCCAUGCUGGGAGGCCCGGCUUGUCAGAUUCCCCGCCUCCGGGUCCUCUUGGGCCUGGAUUUCUCUGCUGCCCUUUCCUGGCCUGGGUGGGCUCUGGCGGGGCUCCAGUUCCACAACACACACACACACACACACACACACACACACACACACACACACACACACACACACACACACACACACACACACACACAUCCACUCACGGGUUUUCUCAUCUCUACUCCCCACCCCUCACUGCGCUUUCUGAACUCCUGUGGCACCUUCAUCCCUGGUGCCCCACUCCUAAACUGGAGUGGCACAGGACCUGGCUCUGAUGUUUCCUGCUGGUUGGUCCCUGGCUGCAGCCAGCAGAAGAUGGAUGGGAAGCAAAGUGCUCUGGGGUCUCGUGCUGCUCCAGCCAGUUCCAGUUUGCCUCUAUCCUCUGGGGAGUGCAUGAUCCCCAGUUGGCUCUGUGGCAUCCCACAUACCCCAUUCCCCCUAGUGUUUUUUUCUUCUGGGAAAGAGCAUGUGUAAGUACCUACAUGUUUGGGGGCCUGGCAUGGGCUCAGUAUGCUGAUAGGGCAGGAGUGGGAGAGGAUGGAAGGGGACAGCUUUUUCAGCUCCUGUAUUCUGGAAAGGGCUGACUCCUGUGAACAAACCCAGCCUGGUCCACACUUCCCUCACCCUCUCCCCAUGAGUAGGGAGACUCUCCUCAAGUGGUCAUCUGCACGAUCCCCAUCUUUCUCUUUGUUUUUGCCUCUGGCUGGCCAGUUGGCCAUACACCGCCAUGCUUUUUCUGGCUGAAGAGUAGGCGAAAGCCCCCUUCCUUGCUUCCUAUUAAAAAAGGUUCGAUCCCUGGCAUCCCAUACGGUCCCCCACCGCCACCCAGCAUGCCAGGAGUGAGUUCUGAGCACAGAGCCAGAAGAAACUCCUGAGUGUUGCCAGGUGUGGCCCAAGACCAAAAACGAACAAACAAACAAACAAACAAAGGAACUUCAUGGCAUCAUAAAUGUUGGGGAAUGAUAAAGGGGAGCAGGCCCGGGAAAUGCAGGCAGCAGGCAGAGAGAUUUGUAUUAGCGCAGUGAUUCACUCAGGGUGCUAGCCCUACCUGAAGAGCUGGAGUUCUCUACCUGGGGCCCAUGGAGUCCCUAAAACGUAUGCAAAAAUGUCUGUGUGUGUGUCUGUAUUUUUUUAUGGGGGAGGUUUUCCGGCCCUCAUCAUAUUCCCAAGGCCUUAACUAUGUUCAAGGACCACCGCCUCAAGGGCACUGCAGGCCAAGCAGAGACAGGGGAGAGGGCCUUCGUGAUAGUGUCUCCCGGCCCUGCCACUGCCUCUUGUGGCCAACUCUGGAAUUGCAGCCUCUGGACGCCCUCUCCAAUCUGUCUGGGACUUCACC